CUUGGUAGAUGAUAAAAAACAUCAGCUUCUUAAUUUGGUGGAGGGGCUAACGAUAAAAUUGCAAUCGCAACUUUCAUUUUGUUGACUCACGCUCGGUCCAGCGUCCAUCAAAAAGCGCUAAUUUUUGACAUUACUCGGAUCUCCGAGCAAUGUUUCCCAAAAAUGUGCUGCCCAAUCCCUGGAUUUGGAGGAGCCUUUCGUUGGCAAAAAGGAACCGUUCAACCGUAGCAACUGCCUUUUCUCCGAAUAUCUCCUCCCCCGUCAGGUCGUAUGAUGAGAUUCCUGGUCCAAAAUCGUUGCCCCUCAUUGGCAAUGCUUGGAGGUUCCUUCCAUUUGUCGGUACCUUCGACAUGACCAAUUUCUUCAAGUGGAGCAACUCUCUCUUGAAUGAAUAUGGGAAAAUUGUGAGAAUUUCAAAUCUUCCUGGGCGAAGAGAUAUGGUUCUUCUAUUUGAUCCGGACAUGAUUGCUGAGGUUUACAAAAACGAAGGACAAUGGCCUGAGCGCUUUGUCUUGCAAAGUGUGAAGCAAUUCCGAGAAAAAGUCAGGCCUGACUUCUUUGAAGGAUUCCAGGGUCUUGUCAAUGAAAACGGCGAGAAAUGGCAGCAAGCUCGAACGGUCGUCAACCAGCCAAUGAUGAAAAUCGACGUUUCUAACCAGUACAUUCCUAAGUCGGAUGAAGUAGCAAAGGACUUUGUCAAAUUGGUGAAGUUGAUUCGAAACGACAAGAUGGAGAUGCCUGCAGAUUUCAAAAAUGAAAUCAACAAGUGGGCACUUGAAUCGAUAUCAUUGAUUGCAUUGGACACUCGUUUGGGUUGUUUAGAGCCCAACUUAGCACCAGACUCUGAAGCACAGCGAAUGAUAGAUGCUGUAAUAAAUGUUUUCAGCCUUAGCUUUGACCUAGACUUCAAAAUCCCGUUUUGGAAGUUCAUUAAUACCCCAGCUUGGAAAAACUUUGUGAAAUACGAGGAAGAAGUUUUGCAAAUUUCCUACAAGUACGUCAAACAAGCAAUGAGCAAAAUGGGGGACUUAAACGCUCCAGAAACGCCUAACAUGAGUGUCCUACAAAGAAUAUUGAAACGCGACCCACAUGUGAAGAGAGCUGUCAUUACAGGCAUGGAUAUCAUUCUUGCUGGCGUUGACACGACGUCCAAUUCAGCGGCAAUGAUCCUGUACUAUCUUGCAAAAAAUCCGGGCGCGCAAGAAAAACUGUACCAAGAGGUGAAGUCGAUUGUCCCUGAGGAUCCAAAUGAGUGCAUUACUGCAGCUCACAUGAACAAAAUGAAUUACAUGAGGGCUUGCUUGAAAGAGUCAAUGAGAUUGGCUCCAGUGACAGUUGGCAACGUCAGACUCAUCGAUAAGGAUAUUACACUUGGCAACUACCUGAUCCCAAAAAAUAAAGCCGACCUGUUCAUGUUCAACAGUACUUUGUAUUUGCAAGACGAGCACUUCCCUGAUGCGAAGCGGUUUAUCCCUGAGCGAUGGAUCCGGUCGGAAAGUGCCCAGUGCCCAGUGAGCAAGAAAGCGUUUGAAACUCAUCCCUACGUUUACAAGCCUUUUGGACAUGGAGUUCGACAGUGCCCAGGAAUGAGAUUUGCCAACAUGGAAAUGGAAUCGCUUGUUGCAAGGAUGCUGCUCAGUUUCAAACUCGAGUGGCACCAACCUGAUGUGAAACUUGUGAGCAAAUCAAUUCAAGGCCCAGAUUCGCCUUUAAAGUACACUCUCAUCGACAGAACAUGGCGAUGGACCAAAUACAAAAAAAUAAUGAUAAAGCAAGAGGUUAAAAUGGAAAGACCUUGCUGCGACUCUAACUUUCAAAGCGAUAUGCUCGCCAAAAGGUUUCUACCCAAUCUCGGGAUUUGGAGGAUCCUUUCAGCGGCACAAAGGAUUCAUUCAACAGGAAUUGCCUCUUAUCCAAAUGUCUCCUCUUCCAUCAGGUUAUACGAUGAGAUUCCUGGUCCAAAAUCGUUGCCCUUGAUAGGCAAUGCGUGGAGGUUCCUCCCAUUAAUAGGUACCUUCGACAUGUCGAAUUUCUUUAAGUGGAGCAACUCUCUCUUAAAUGAAUACGGAAAAAUUGUGAGGAUUUCAAAUCUUCCUGGGCGAAGAGAUAUGGUUCUUCUAUUUGAUCCGGACAUGAUUGCUGAGGUUUACAAAAACGAGGGACAGUGGCCUGAGCGCUUCGCCAUGCAGAGUAUUACUUACUUCCGAGAAAAAGUCAGACCAGAUUUCUUUGAAGGUUUCCAGGGUCUUAUUAAUGAUUUUUUCUUUAAUUUUAGAAACGGCCCGAAAUGGCAGGAAGCUCGAACGGUCGUCAACCAGCCCAUGAUGAAAAUUGAAGUUUCUAAUCAGUACAUUCCAAAGUCUGAUGAAGUCGCAAAGGACUUUGUCAAAUUGGUGAAAAUGCUACGAAACGACAAGUUGGAAACGCCUCCAGAUUUCAAAAACGAAUUUAGCAAGUGGGCACUUGAAUCAAUUGCACUGAUUGCAUUGGACACGCGUUUGGGUUGUUUAGAGCCAAAUCUUGCAAAAGGCUCAGAAGCACAGCGAAUGAUUGAUGCUGUGGUGGCUGGAUUCGACCUCAUGUUUGACCUGGAAUUCAAAAUCCCGUUUUGGAAAUUCAUGAAUACGCCAACCUGGAAAAAAUUCGUAAAGUGUGAAGAAGAAAUUCUCGAAAUAUCCCACAAGUAUGUUGAACGAGCAAUGAAUAAAAUGGGGGACUUAAACGCACCGGAAACGCCUGAAAUGAGUGUCCUUCAAAGAAUGUUGAAACGUAGCCCAAACGCAAAGAGAGCUGUCAUUACUGGCAUGGACAUAAUUCUUGCUGGCGUUGACACUACAUCAAAUUCAGCGGCAAUGAUCCUGUACUAUCUCGGCAAAAAUCCAGAUGUGCAGGAAAAAUUGUACCAAGAGGUGAAGUCGGUUGUCCCAGAGGAUCCAAAUGAUUGCAUUACUGCAGCUCACAUGGAAAAAAUGAAUUACAUGAAGGCUUGCUUGAAAGAGUCGAUGAGGUUGGCUCCGGUCGCAGUUGGCAAUGCCAGACUCAUUAAUAAGGACAUGGUGCUCGGGAACUACCUGAUACCUAAAAAUAAAGCUGACUUUUUUAUGUUCAAUAGUACUUUGUAUUUGCAAGAUGAGUAUUUCCCUGAAGCGAAGCAGUUUGUUCCUGAACGUUGGAUCAGGUCUGAGAGUACCAAAUGUCCCGUGAGCAGGAAAGCGUAUGAAAUCAAUCCGUACGUUUACCAGCCUUUUGGGCAUGGAGUUCGACAGUGCCCAGGAAUGAGAUUUGCAACCAUGGAGAUGGCGUCACUUGUUGCACGGAUGCUGCUUGAUUUCAAAAUAGAGUGGCAUCAACCUGAUGUUAAACUGGUGAGCAAGGCAGUUCAAGGCCCAGAGUCGCCUCUUAGGUACACGCUGAUCGAUAGAAAUUAAACUUCGCAAAUCAGUUUCAUCUUCAUAUUUUGUUUCAUAUUUUAUGCAAAAAUGAAAUCUUUUUUGAUCAAAA